AUGUCUGCUCCUGCAGGCAGCGGGGAAGUCGGGGAGUCCAGGGGCAGGGCCUCUGGAGGCCAGCGCCGCUUCUCCUUCCUUUCCCAGAGGCUCAAGUGGAUCAGUGUGGUACUGGAUGUGGAAGGUCCUCCUGAAGAUUCUUGCCAACAACGUAAAAAGAAAACUGGAGGGGAAGAUGGCGAGCUGUUGAUCCUCCCAGAGAAGCUUGCCACAAUGGCUUUCCUGCGUCAGCCUACCCUCUGGGAGAGGAAGGAGAAGCGGCGCUGGCCUCCAGAGGCCCUGCCCCUGGACUCCCCGACUUCCCCGCUGCCUGCAGGAGCAGACAUGGAGCCGAGAGGCAGGGCCGCAGUGGCCGCAGGGCUGGGGGUCAUGUGCAUGCUGGCCGUGGCCGCCGAGCCCAGGGUGGCCGAAGACCAAGGCCCGGUGGCGCCCAGGCGCUGCCUGCUGUCACACUACCGCUCCCUGGACCCCAGAGCAGUGGCAGCAGUCAAGGCGCUGAGGGACAGCUAUGGAGGAGCGGGGCCAGGCAGCCGACCUGGCUCCAUGCAGGGCGCAGGCUCGGCGCGAGGAACACGGGGCGCGUUUCAGCGCCGGCUCGCGCCUUCCCGGGGGCGUCGGGCUCCGCAGAGGACGCCGGGACGGUCCGGGCCCUGCAGCCCGUCCAGGGCGGCAGGAGGCCGGGCAGGGGCGGACUCGCCUCGCUGCCACGAAGCCACUGUCGUCUUCAACCUGCUGCGCCUGCUCACGCGGGACCUCAGGCUGGCGGCCGCCUCGGGGCCCUGCGUCUGACCGUGGUCGGGCUCCGCUGGACUCGCACUCUGCACGCCAUUGGCUGCAGCCGCCUGGACCGACGUGCAUGGCAGCCAAUAGACGCCGAGGCUCGGCAGCCUCUCUAUCCCCAUUGGCAGUAGCUGGACGCACCUUGGCGGGGCGCGGGAGGCGCGUGGCGGUCGUUGCCCAGGGUGCAGACCUCCUCGGUGGCGGUCGCGGUGGCGGUCGGCAGCCUGGGCGCUGCCUGUGGGACGAGUUGCGUGAAGCUCGGCCAGACUCCGCGUGGAAGAAGUGACUUGAGCUGUGUUUGCGAGCGUGGCUGACUUCGCCUACGUGCCGGGAACCAGCCCCUGCGCCUGGGGCGACCCGGAAUCUCACCUGCUGCUGCUACUCCCAAGCCCCGACUGACACUCCCAGUACCCUUCUGAGUCAGCGAAUCUGGGACGCUGGGUGCCCACCCGCGGGGCCUCAUUUCCUCCCCAGCGUGGGAGUGAAAGGCCGAAAUGUCCUUGAGUCGCCGUCUUUCUCAUUGGAACCUGUUACGUAUGCGUCUCUCCCGUUUGUGAAAACGCCGCGUGUAUUUCCUAUUCUGUCUGCUGG